AUGUCGACUAAGGACUCAAUCACCAAACGCAAACGUGCCGUCCCCAGGAUAACCAAGAAGAGUACGGCUAUUGUCGAUAUCGAUGCCGUGCCUUCACAGAAAACACAGGAGCCAAAGAAGAAGAAAAGGGAGGAACAUAGGACCAUGAUAAGUGUUCCUGAGCCCGAGCUGACGGCGCAGCCAGAUCCACCAAAGCCUAAGGAUAAAAAGGCCAAUCGCCCAGUUAUGGCCGAAAUUGGGGUUACAGCAUCCUCUUCUAAGAAGCGCCGAAAGCGGGCGCCGAAAAGGGAUACUAAAAAGGAAUAUUAUGAUGCGUUUAGGACCAACAAAAGCGGCUUUUUUGGUGUAGAGGCGACUAUUCCAGGCGAGGGUCAAAAUGCCCUGGUAAAUGACGCUAUUUUUGUCACCCCAGCCGCUCAAAGCAGCGAUUUAAAAGAGAGAAUCGUCAAGGAAGAUGGAGGAGCUAGUUUAGCUAAGAGUGAUAGCAUCACAAGGACCCCGGCUAUACCAAGAAAAAUGGUUCUAGAUAUCGCGACGGUGGAGGCGGAGUCCUCAAGAAUCCUAGGGGAUUAUGUUAGAAAGAUGGCAGAUAUGAAGAAAGUUAAAGCUCCAAAAUCAAAGGAUGGGGAGGCUAUUCCAGACACGGCAGAAGAUCAGGUGCCAAUGAUCACACAAAAGGAAAGACUGCGCCAGGAAAUUCCUAAUGCCAGGGCCGUACCUACAUUUACCGUGAGAGUACCGCACACUAAUCCUCGCCUCAAUUCUGACGCUGCGUCUCCGGUCCGGAAGCGCAAAAACCUCUCCUCCCCCGCUCAAGGGGCCGAGGAGCUCGUUGAACCAACUCCGUUACCGACUGGUAGAAAGAAGGCAAAACUAGCAUCGCCUUCGCAGAAACGCGGAAUGGCAGAAGCUGUAGUUUGGGACCUCAUUGACCAUAACCCCAAUAACCCUUCUCUGAUAAAAAAGCUCAAGAGAAUAUUGCCUGCCGAUUCUGAGAAUAGGUCAGGGAGAUUUAUCUAUAUGGUUGGGUCUCCAAAAGUGACUGCAGCAAAACCGGCUGGCAGUGAUAGCUCCGGUACAGAAAAAGGGAACCCUAAUGGUGAUCCGAAAGCUGGGGGGAAGAGGCCACUACCACGGACCCCGGACGAUCCAGCCGGCGAAGCACUUGCGAGAGAGAGUGUGAUCGUGAUGUCGCAGUCGUACAACUUGCUAGAGCGUGUAAGGAAUGCCAACCCUGGUAGUGGUAGCGGUGUACGAGAACGCAUGCUGGAUGAUAGGUUCUUGGUGCCAAAGACCAAUUUCAAGAAUGGAUUUCUCGUGCGCAAAGGCCUCGAGAAAUACUUCAACCACUCGACUGGCUCCCGUCUUUCCCUGUCCCAACACUUUCCUCAAGGCUUCACGCAACCGCAGCCCUCAGACAAGACUCUAGCCCAUAUAGCUCUCCAGAUCCAUCAUGCUGCGCAGCAAGCAGGUGUUGUAGAUACCAUCGGUGGGUGGGCCGUCAUGCCUGUGGUCUUCUCAUGCGGCAGAUUCAAAAUUGCCGGAGUAGGCGUUGUAUUGCCAGAUUUUAAACUGGCGGGGAGGAUAGACUUCAGAGGGUGGCCUUUCCUCGUGGAGGGUGCGGAGGUAACGGGGGAGAUAACGGUCGAAACUAGUAGGACUGGGGGUAAGGGAACAAAUGAAAACAAGCAGCACAACGAAAAAGAUCAGAAGAUCCUAGAUGCUGCAAAAACGCUGACAAAGCUACACCAGCAUGAUGAAGAGUCCGAUACAGAUACCGAACCGUUCAUGGAGACUAAAAUAGUGAAGGUGUCAGAAAACUCCAGAGAGAGCAUUUUCACUGCAGACUACUACCAGGACGAAGCUUGGCCCUAUAACCAUACAUCCCAAUUGCGCUUACCAAGCCUUCAGCACUUGGAAUCUACAACCAUGCGCGCCGACCAUCUCACAAUCUCCUUUGCCAUCUAUGACACCACUCUAAAUCCAGGCGAGAUAGUGCACACAAAUAGUAGCAUUGGUCGAGUGUGCGCCAGACGGGUAUACACGUCUCUAAAAGGUAAUGCGACGCCGAGGGUAGUGACGAGGGAGUACUGUGCAGAGACUCUGGAUGGAAGUGCAUUCUGCCAGGUUGGUGAUAAGGGUUCACGAGUUUGGCGUGGAGAUGGAAGCUUGCGGGAGUGUGGGAGAAUAUUGGCAACAGUAGUGGGUACGGGCGCGGCCCUAGUGAGUGCAGGGCUGAUCUGCCCGUUAAGUGCGGGUGCUUAG